GUCAUUUUGAAUUUCUUUUUCUAAUAAUAUUUGGCUCAUACCUGGAGUAUAAUGAGACUUCUGACACCUGUCAAAAGUCCAAGAUUAUGCUAUGUAAGAGAGCUGAUAUCGUUCAAAUGAUGGAAGAACAAAAAUCGAAUUUUGAUGCUUUGGAGCAGACACUUAAACAUGACAUUGCUGCAUUGAAAAAUGAUUUGGCCACAUUUAAAAAUGAUUCGGUCACUAUCCAAAAAGAACUCAAAAAGGAUAUAACUGCUCUUAAAGAUGGAAUGACAAGUAUACUUAAGUCUAUUAAAGAUAUCAAAGUUGAAUCAACACAUACAGAACCAAAGGCCAGCACAACUGAACAGCAUGAUGGUCUGUCAAAAGACUGCAGUGAACUGUCUGAUGGAGUGACUAAUAUAACAACAGAGAGUGGACGGGAAUUUGAAGCCAAAUGUGAAGAUGGCUGGCUCUA